AUGGACAUGGAUGGGAAUAGCAUCGAGGCCGUGUAUCGACCCUCUCUAGACACGAAAAGCAGCAGCGGCAGCACCGUGUCCAGAUCGGUUGUUAGCAAUAGCAAACCUGCUCUUGCACUCCUUGAGAACGGCUCUGUUGUCUCGAAGGCCAGCACUGCCAAGUCCAAUGCGAAAUCCCACGCAUCUAAGGCGACUACCGCUGUAGAUCGGGGAAUUCCAUCAGAGCGCGCUCCGACAGUCGUCUCGUCUCGCGAAACCCAGAGAGCCCCCCAACAAGCUCAGCAAGCGCCCCCGACCUAUGUCAUCCAUACUCAAGCAGCGCAGAAAACCGACGACGGCAAGGCUGCCAAGACGAUCGUUGGCACACUCAUCGGCGCUGCUGCUGGUGCUGCCUUUGCCUACGCCAUGUCCAAAGGCGAUUCGGAGUCGAGUGAAACAACAUCCUCUCCUAAUCAACCUCCACAGUUCGCUCCCCAGGAGUUCCGUCAGCUUCCCUCGCAGGAGUCCUCGCCAGCGUCCUCUCAUUACCAGGGCUACCGAGCCAUUGAGGCACCUUCUGCUGCUCGAAGCAUCUAUUCUCAGGCAGAAUCGCGGCCUCCGCUAAGCCGUAGCGUCACAUCAAAGAACCCCUGGGCGAGUACCGUCUACGAGGGUACAGAAUUCGGAACUAGAGGUCCAAAGGGAAGCAUGUACUACGAUGAUGGCGGCCGUCGCGCUUCAGAAGGGAGCAUCUACAACCAAAGUGAAAUUCCCCUCAGAGCCAUCGAGUAUCCAGGAGCGUACGAGCCCCAGCAGUACCAGCCCGAUAUGAGUACCCUGAUCAGCUCCUUCCGCGACAAAUCUCGAAUUUCCGAAAAGGCGGGAAGCGUUUACUCAACCUCUACCAUCAAGGCAUCCAAAACCCAGCAUUCUCAUCACUCACACCACUCUGUCACAAAGUCCCACUCCGGAAGCACGGCCUCAUCAACGCGGACAGCCCGUCAGAUCCCUCUCCCUGAAGGCUCAGCAGCCUCGUUCGCGUCUUACCGCAGCGGCGCUAAGCCUGCGCGAUACGACGACGUGGAAGUCGAGACGCAUGUCACACCCGACGACUCCAUCAGCCAAGCUGGCGGCGACUCGUCUAGACGCUCCUCUCAUUCCCAUCGCUCUCACCAGAGUCACCACACCCAUAAGUCAGGUGCCUCCAGACGCUCGAGCAAAUUCGACGAACCUGUCCGACCAAGUGACAGUGUCAGUCAGGUGUCGAGCCAUGCCUCUAAACGAACUGUCAAGGCCGGUGGGAGCAUCGCGGGCGGUGGCUCCAAGGCUGGUUCGAAGAUGGGCUCUAGUCGGAGAGGGAGUCAGGUUGUGUAA